AGUCGACCAAACGCUGCAUACGCCGAGUCGAAGAUACCUGCUCAGCCUCCUCGGAUUGUCGCCGAGGUUGCGUUUGGGCAUUGAGGCUAUGCGCGCACAACACUAGAGCCUCGCAUCUCAACACGGGAUGUACCGACUCGUACUCGAGAUAGCGCCGCACCAUCGUCCGGUCCAACAGCCUAAAGCGUUUGUCGCUAUCGAAAAGCUGACUGAAGCUGACCAACGACGUUGUCUGAAAUCCAAACUGGAAAUCCGCACACGCGAGUCUCCACGUCAGCCCAGGAGGGGAGGCACACGAGCAGACCCUCUUCGUCCCGCUGUCCGCGGUUGGCCCGUUGUCGCUCGUGUCUCUCCACUCGCCCACAUGUUGAUCGUAAAGUCGCGUGCAGAAUCAAGGUCAUUCUUUCAACAAUCCGCGUGCGACUCCAAAUUGUAUCACGUACCUUUGUAUCUCACCCCCACCGUAUCCCGCGUGCGCUGCAGGGAUCGGAUGUAUACUUGCAUUCCGUGGCGGUUUCGACUGGCUCACAGAAACACGCACCGGAAUAUUAACAGCGGUCUCGGCGGUAAGUCCUUUGUAGGAUUCGAAAUGCCCAACCUAGGGUUGGAUGCAUUCUUGCGGACAUUCUUUCGUUCAGCUUGCAUUUCCGGGAUUCCUUGGAAAAUCGCGACCGUGAGCCCGGAGAUUCUGGUUCGAAUGCUGCAGCGUAGAAGGCGAGAAAGAGCGAAAUAUGCAAGCACUGACAGCAUGCAUACGCAGGCCUACAAUUCGGUGUUGUCCAUCAAUUGUCAGGCUAGCCUCGAAAUUAGCGGACAGUGUCGGUUGAUCUGGGCUUUGCAUCCCUGCUUUGCCAUGCAAGUCAGAUGCAAGUGGCUUGACAGACCUGCAGCAUCAGGGAAGCACCUUGACCACCAGUUCCCAAGACAGCAAGCGUUGUGGGGGUCACGCUGCCCUCAGUCUCCAGUGGGCCCUGCCUCUGCGUACAGAAUCUAGGUCAGUAAGCCGAAACCGCAGGGCCUCCGCUCCUGAUCUUGGUGAUGCAGUUGCAUCAUCAACAUCUGAAUCGUUAUUGUAGGCUGGCUUUGGCCUUUGUUGUUGAGGUCGGCUCUGUCACAUGUGACAGCCGCACGGCAGAUGCGCGGUAAACAAGGGUCUAGCGGAUGCGCGAUGUCGAACACCAAUGUCGACGGACUGUGGAUGAGUCGCACCCUAGCCAGCACUCAAGUACUAACACCACGUAGUGCUGUGAUGAACUCGUACCU